AUGGAUAUGACCUCAACAGCGGAGGCUGCCGCUCGCAGCUGGUAUGACAGUCCGCGCUUAGGCGGCGGCGGCGGCGGUGGGGGCGGCGGCGGUGGUGGCGGCGGCGGCGGUUCGCCGCAUACAAACGGCCUGGGCAGCACCGGCAGCAGCCUGGCCCACAGCCAUCACAGCUUGUCCAGCGGCGCCUCCUCGGCGGGCAGCAGUGUGGGCGCAGCGCUUGGCGGCGGUGCAGGCGGCGCUGGCGCCGGCCUCGGCCUGGAUACGAGCGACAUGAGCGCCUUCUACGCGCUCGAAAGCAAUGGACACCAUCGACGCUACUAUCCCAGCUAUCAUCAGCACACAUCCCGCAUGCCCUCCUCACAUGCCACGCCCCAAGUGUGCCGGCCGCACUUUCAUACACCGCUCAGUCCCUGGCUGGCCGGCGAGCACAAAUCGUUUGCACCCGCCAGCGCUUGGGGCAUGAGUCAAUUUGCAUGCCCCCAGGAGCCGCAGAUGGAGCACAAACUGGGCCAGGUGGGCCAGAGCCAUCAGACAACGUCGGCCGGCCAGCAUUCGUUUCCAUUCCCACCGACACCGCCAAAGGACUCCACGCCCGACUCCGUACAAACCGGCCAGUCCGAGUAUCAGGCCGUCAUGAACGCCUUCAUGCAUCAGCAGGCCACGGGCUCUACCUCACUGACGGACGCCAGCUGUGCGCUGGACAUCAAGCCCUCCAUACAGAACGGCGGCCCCACAGCAGCGCACGCGGGCAGCUCCGGACCGGCCCAAUCCUCGGCGCCCAAGCAGCGUGAAGGUACGAACAAUACGAAUAGCUCAAAUAGCAGCAGCAGCACGACGUCGCAGCAGCAGCAGCAGCAGCAGCAACAGCAGCAACAGCAGCAGCAGCAAAAUAGCAACAGCAAUGCCUCCUCAUCCGCCUCCGCCUCUUUGUCCGCAUCAACGUCGAACGGCCUGUUCGAUGGCACCGCCCAGGCGCAUUAUGCGGCCAACAAUGCCAACAGCUACGAUAGCAGCUAUGCCUCGUAUCAUCAUGCGGCGGCGCAGCAUCAGGCAGCGGUUGCCGCUGCCAACAUGUUCCAAAGUUCCUCCGUGGCGGCAGCCGCUGUGCGGCAUAGCAUGGCAGCGGCGCAUCAUCAUCAUCAUCACAGUCACAGCCACCAUGGUCAGGCAGGCGCUGGUGUGGGCCUGCAUGGCAGUGGUGGCGCUGGCGCUGGUGGUGCUGGCGGUGCACUGGGCAUGGGCAGCGGCAUGGGCAGUGCCAUGAGCAGCGGCGGUCACAGCAGCUCCAGCGGCGGCGGUGGCGGCGGCGGAGGCGGCGCUGGCGGCGCUGGCAGCCUGAACAUCGGACUCGAUGUCAAGCCCGUGCGCACAAAGCCCAGGACAAGCGCUGAGGGCCGCGAAUGCGUAAACUGUGGUGCCACCUCCACGCCGCUGUGGCGACGCGAUGGCACCGGACAUUAUCUGUGCAAUGCCUGUGGCCUCUACUACAAAAUGAACGGACAGAAUCGGCCGCUGAUCAAGCCAAAGCGAAGACUGACGCUGCAGUCGCUGCAGAGCGCGGCCAAGCGGGCGGGCACAUCCUGCGCCAAUUGCAAGACCACAACGACAACCCUUUGGCGGCGCAACGCCAGCGGCGAGCCGGUUUGCAAUGCCUGCGGAUUGUACUACAAGCUGCACAAUGUCAAUCGUCCACUUACCAUGAAAAAGGAGGGCAUACAGACGCGUAAUCGCAAGCUCAGCUCUAAGUCGAAGAAGAAGAAGGGCUUGGGCGGCGGCUGUCUGCCAAUGGGCGGACAUCUGGGCAUGGGCGACUUCAAGCCACUUGAUCCGUCCAAGGGCUUUGGCGGCGGCUUCUCAGCCUCCAUGGCGCAACAUGGACACCUUUCCAGCGGACUGCAUCCGGCACAUGCGCACAUGCACGGCAGCUGGUAUACCGGCGGCAUGGGCGCACUGGGCGCCUCGGGUGGACUGCAGGGUGGCUUCUCUACGGCCGGUUCGUUGGGCGGCGGCGUUGUGCCCCACUCGCAGCCCUAUCACUUGGGUCUCAGCUCAAUGGGCACUUGGCGCACUGACUAUACGUGAUGGAGCGGGAACAACUUGAACAGCAACUUGUUCAGCUAGAGGCGUUUCAUACAAACUGACUUCGAUUUCCAAACACAAUGCCAAACUGAGGACUCACAAGCUACAGCUACAGCUACAGCCACAGCAGCAGCAGCCAGGACCUUCGCUUGCCUGCUCAACUCUUAGGCAC